AUAAAAAGGUUUAGAGAGACAUGGAGCUUGAAAGAAUCAUUCGAGACACACUGACAUGCUUCAUCCAGUCUCACAUCCCUGCAGCAGACCUCAGUGGGAUGGAUGAUGUUUUCUUCUCGUACAUCACGGGUGUCCUGGAAGAGCUGGGCUCACCAGAGUCCUCCGAGGAGAAUUUUGACAUGGACACCUUUGUGGAAAUGAUGGAGGCAUAUAUCCCUGGUUUUGCAGAAAUCCACAGUGAGGAUGUUUGUGAAAUGAUGUUCUCCCUCUCAGAAAGGCUUGGUGAAGCUCGCAACAAAGAAAAACCUGGCCAAAAGGCUGUGGGAAGCAGAAGUGAAGCACCCUCUGAAGACUUGACCAAGGGCCAGGAGUCUGGAGCUGGAGCCUGCAAUGGGGAAGGGCUGUGCACUCCAACAGACGAAGCUGGGGCCCAGGAGGACGAUGACUUGAAGGAUGGGGUGGAGCUGCUACUGGAGAUGUUCCCAGCAUGUACUGUGAGCCAGGCAGAGAAGGCACUUGCCAUGGCCUUGGGGAACUUGGAGGAGGCAGUGCAGUUAAUUGUGGAGGAGAAGGUGGAAAUUGGCCCAGCAGGUGCAAGUGUGAAGGAACUGGCACGGCCCCGCAGAGCACCCAACCAUGAGGAACUAAAACAGGUUAUCCUACAGAAAUACAUGAUGGUGGAUAGUGCAGACGAUCAGAAAACGCAUCGGCCAGCUCCACCCAAGGAGGCUCCCAAGAAGUUGAUCCGCUACAUUGACAACCAGGUGGUGAGUACAAAGGGAGAGAGAUACAAAGACAUCAAGAAGCCUGAGAGCGAGGAGGUGAAGAGAACCUACAUCAGCCUCAAACCAGCCAGGAAGUACAAGUUCCACUGACAGCCAGGUCCUUCUGCUCUUCAGCCUCCACCUCACCAGCCAGGCAUGGCAGGAUGGACGUGGCACUAGGGAUGAGUCUCCUCCAUCUGCCACUAACUGGAACUAAUCUGGGAGCUAGGACGCUGCUUUCAGCUUCCUCAACUAACCCAGCAAGGAGACUUCUCUCCUUGUGUAGCCGUCCCUCUGCCCCCAGGGGCACACUGCAGUGGCUCUCCAAGGGCCUAGGCAUUCUCUGCUAUUCCUUGCAUGGGACAUUUUUAGAUCUAAGAUGUGGCUUGUGCUUUUGCAGCAAGCUUUUUACAAGUCUGUGUGCACUGUUGCUUUAAAUUGAGUGCCAGUAUUAAUAAAGAUGAUGUGAGUUGGUGUGUAGUUCA